AUGAAGUUCACCCAGUUUGCCACCUUAUUGGCCACUUUGGUCCUCGCAGUCAAUUCCCUCCCUACGUCUCAAGAUGAAGACCACAUCGGAUUAACGGCUCGAGCAGACAGCGGUAGCGGCACGACGCUCGCAAAGAAGGAGUCCGCGAAGGGUCCUGUAUGCGGCAAUGUAACCUGCAACGUGGGAGAUACUUGCGUUGGCGAUGGUAGAGGCAAUCUCUCUUGCGCCAAGGUUACCGUCAACGAAGGCUGA